AUGGCGCCAAAACACCGUCCAGCAACUUCGGGUUACGCCCGUCUUUCCCAGGCAGAUGCCCAUGACUAUCUCGACGAAUCUGAUGAUGAGAACCGGCGCCCUUUUCCUCCGAUAGCCUCGAAUUCAGCUCCUCGAUUCGCCCCGAUUCAAUCCAAUAGCCAGAGACACGAUACCUCAGACGUAUACUAUCGCCGUCAGCAUGGAGGCCGGAACCGAGCUCGAAGUAACUCCUCCGGGGUCGAUAUUAAGGCCAUUAACAUGCGAUUGGAGAAAUGGGCGGAAGAAAUCGCUUCCAAAUUUAAGAUUAAUCGGGUUCGCGGGAAGACCUCCGAGGAAGAGGAGCUUGAAAUCCACCACUCUGUCUUUCAGGCCUUGGAUGGCGUCCGACCAGUCACGGCAGCCUCUCUAGAGUCUGAGAAUAGCGGGGACCGAAUGACAAAGGCCGAAUUUGAGCAUGUUGUGGAUAGUGUCAGGACGGCUAUUGAACUCGGUGUCCACCCGAAAAUGAUCUCGCAGGGAAGCUCUGGUAGUUACUUUGCGAGAAAUGCCCAAGGAAAAGUCGUUGGAGUAUUCAAGCCCAAGGAUGAGGAACCGUAUGCUUCGCGAAACCCGAAAUGGACCAAAUGGAUACAUCGAAAUCUGUUCCCAUGCUGUUUUGGCCGCGCCUGUCUUAUUCCCAACCUUUCAUAUGUCUCCGAAGCUGCUGCAUACGUCCUUGAUAGCCAGUUACGAACAAACCUCGUUCCUUAUACCGAUAUCGUCUACCUCUCAUCAAAAUCCUUCCAUUACGAUUUCUGGGACCGACGGAAAGCAUGGUAUGGUAGGAGGCCCUUGCCUCCGAAGGUAGGCAGCUUCCAGGUCUUCCUCAAAGGCUUUAAAGAUGCGAACAUAUUCCUUCGAGAGCAUCCUUGGCCUGAUCAACCAAGCACCGGGUUCCGCGCCGAGGACGCUCCUCGCAGGAAAAAGAGGGCAUGGAAUGAAACUUGCGCGCCCUCUGGUGCUCAAUCGGACGACGAAGACGGGGAUGAAAACCAACGGAUGCUCGGAGCAAACACUCCUCAAGAAGCCUCCGGUCAUCAUAAGUUCCACUGGACGGAAAAUUUGAAGCAGGGUUUCCGGGAAGAGCUUGAAAAGCUCGUUAUUCUAGACUACAUUAUGCGAAAUACGGAUCGUGGUCUUGAUAAUUGGAUGAUUAAGAUCAACUGGCAUACUGAGGAGGUUGCAAUUGUGUCAGAACCCGUCAGAAUGAAUGGAACAGACCAUUUGGGCGACGAUGACCAAAUGCCCCCGGCUCGUCCAGUUUCUGUAAAUUCCCAAGGGAAGAAUUCCCGUACCGCUCCAUAUAGACGCCAGGAUGCUAUGACAGCGACUAGCCGUGCCGGAACGCCAUCAAACGCAGCCGAGCUAGCUCAAGCAACCCUUUCAAUUGGAGCUAUCGAUAACAGUUUAUCCUGGCCCUGGAAACAUCCUGAUGCUUGGCGUAGUUUUCCAUUCGGCUGGCUGUUCCUACCCGUUUCUCUUAUCGGCCAACCCUUCUCGCAAAAAACUCGCGACCAUUUCUUACCACUUCUCACAUCUACCGCAUGGUGGACUGAAACACAGACCGCGCUUAGAGCGAUAUUCAGCCAAGACUCGGAUUUUAAAGAAAGCAUGUUUGCCAGACAAAUCGCCGUGAUGAAAGGGCAAGCGUGGAAUGUUGUUGAGACAUUGAAGCAACGUGACCAUGGACCACUUGAGCUUACGCGGAGAACCCGAGUAUGUGUCUGGGACGACCUAGUAAACGUACCCGUGGCGAUUCCACUCCGGGCUCCUUCGACCGAUGCACAUAUGUACCGAGCCAACGGCAGAGAUCAACUCCACGAGGAAAUGGAUAUUGGAGCUGCUAUUACCCCAGAGCCCCGUGGCCACCGAGAUCUCUUGAGCUUUGGCUCACCUACAAGUGAACUACCCAAUCCUAAUCGUUUCGAGCUCUCUCGCGACCGGCCUUCCCUAGAUUCUAGUGCAGCGGAUGGGCUAAUGAGUCCGAUGUCGCUUGAUUCUUCCCGCCUCCGCAACGUUGAAAAUUUUGAGGAAGGCGGCCGAAAACUUGCCGGGAGCUGGGCGUCCACGGCCCCUCGGCAAACUGAUCACCAUUCCAGACGCAGAUCGCAUCUCAAUGGAAAAUUACCAUCACACAAGAAACGUAACUCGAUAUCACAACGACGAGACAGUGCGUUUGACUUCGGUGGCGACGACCUUGAAGGUGACCUGGGUUAUGCUGCAGCAGAGGAAAUGGACGGACACGAACGCAAGGUGAUUGUGGAGAGACUUGAAACCGUCAAAAGCAAAAAUCCAGUGUUCACCUGGUGGUGA